ACGUUUUUCACAUAUCCAAUGAGAGUUUUCAGAUAUGCAAUGGGCAUUUUUUUAUUAUACAAUAUAUCUUUUUUAAAAUACAUGAUUAAUAGUUUUGAAAUAGGUGACAAACCCUUUUUAGAAGCAAACAUUUUUAAAUACUUAACCAAUAAUUUUCAAAUGCCAACGGAAAUAUGUUUAAGACGUGAUGAACAUUCAUUCCAAAUAGGUGACGAAUUAUUUUUUAUGUACCAGGGUGAACCUUUUGCAUUUUCUUUAAUAUUAAUUUAUUCUUUUAAAAACUGGUUAGCAUUAUUACACGCUUUUUAAUAUGUGAAAUAAAAAUAUUUUAUUGAAAUUGAAUUGUGAAUGGGCUGUCCCGGGACGCAAAUCCUGUGCAGUAUAAUAAAAGGUCUCUAGAAUAAGGGCGCCCCUAUAUGUCGCCUUCAGCGAGUCCAGCUUCUGACUUGCUGAAGGGGCGAGCGAGAUGGUCCGGCCCACGCGCGUGGCAGGCCGCAGCCUCUUUUUUCUGUUUUCUGUUUUCGUUUUUAUUUUUUUUGUACUUAUGUUUAAAUAUAUAUAUAUAUAUGACAAACAAUUGUCUACAAAACACAUUUAAUAUUUUGAACAAGUAUUUAAAAAAUACUGAAUAAGUAUUUGAAUGAAAAAAUUUAAACAAGCAUUCCGAAAAAUGUUGAAUGUGUGUAGAAAAUUUGUUGAUGAUGUAUGAAAAAAAUGACAAACUUUUUUAUCAUGUAUAUAAAAAUGUCAAUUCAAAAUUUUAAAACACAAAUGUUGAACAAGUAUUUGAAAAUGUUAAUCAAGAAUUUGGGAAAUGUUAAAUGGGUAUAGAGAAAAUGUUGACCAUGUAUUUAAAAAGUGAUGAAUUUUUUUGAUCAUGAGCCCAUAACUCCGCAACUAUGCAGUCACCAUGCGUUACAACCUCAUGCGCAGACUGCGCCUCCACUAUCCACGCACCACCGGCCCAUCACCUGACUCGAUAGCUCCAGGAACCCCAACACACGAGAGAUCCCCAUCAUCGCCGUGACAGGAAUUGCCAUGUGUCACCGCCUUAAGAUUCACGCGUGGAAAUUAGACGCGUCAGAGAGCAUUCCGUCAAUAAACCUCUCCCAGUGAAAGUCAAUUUUAUAGCAUUUCUACAAAAUUAUCACUCGUCACGUCCAAGAAAAUAAAAUUAUAGGAACGCAGCUCAACCAGGGGCGGAGAUAGGGAGGGGCAAGCAGGAGUCAGACCCCUGCCAAUCGCUCGCCCCCCUCAACGAUUCAUAGCAGGUAGUGUAUACUGUAUAUGCCUAAUGCCCGCAAUUAAUUGAGUAACUAUCCCAUAUGUUAACAAUUAACUGAACUAACAUCCAAGUAGAGAAGCCCAUAAUUGAAGGCGCGCUCCCUCCCCUCCCCUCUCCUCUGCCCCCCUUCCCUCCCUAGGGUUUCCGCCGCCACCCCCUCCCGCCGCUGUCGGAUCCUAGCUGGGCAAAGCCCGUGCCGGGGGGGGGGGGGUGAUGACGGCGGCCGGGCGUCCCUCCGUCGCGGCUUGGAGGCGUGGCUUUGACGGUGGAUCUUGAACGGACGCCUCGGGACGACGUGUGUGUGGCCAUGGCGCCGAUCAUGCAGCGAUGUGACCUCCUCUACCUUUGGUUGUUUUCAUCGUUGGUCCAAAGGUAUCUGGAUGGUGGGUGCUCAAGUUGAGGAGGAGAUGGUGGCCUAGCUGCUGAAGUGGGUGAGGAUGCCACCAUCGACGGCGGCACCCGUGGGUGUCAUUUUCCUCGUUGGAGGUGAUGGUGAGGGCAUCCCUCGCUCCAUUGUUUCCGGGGGAGACCUCAAAUCUGGGGGAGGCCACCAUUGACGGCGGCGCCCAUGGGUGUCUAGCCCUCGUUCGAGCCGUUGAAGGGGCCUCUUGGAACGGAUGAUGGUGACGUCUUCGUCGUCACCCCCAUGGGGGCAUCAUCUUUGGAGACAUUCAUCGGCUGGACGGACAUGUGGACGGCUUGGUGGUAGGGCGUCGGUCUCCCCGUGAUUGUCGUGUGGGGACCACAAUGGGGCGGCAUGGCAUCUACCAUCUACGAGGACGAGUCUCAGCGGCAUGGUGUAGCGGGGUCUCGACGACGGACGCGGGAUGAUGAACGCGCGCAGGACGGUGGCGUCGUCCGGCGUCAUGGUGGCGUUGUUGGCAGGCCUCGCAAGGUCAUUAUAUUCAUUUCUCCUGAAGAUGGGUAUGCGGAAGACGGCGGCGGCGAAGACUUCUGGAGCAUGUAUGCUGGUACGUGCUAAGGGUCAGCCGGACCGGUUGUGUCACUUGCUCGCUGCUGGGCGACUUGUCGAGGCCUUCGGUUUUUAGAUGAUCCACGUUGGUGUGAUGUCAGGGUGUUGGCCUUGUUCAUCGACUCCCCCCUUCAUCAGUGUUGUAGGAUUAGCGAGUUGUCGCUAGUUUUGGUGGCUUCGGCCUGAUCUUUGUAAUUGCUCUUGUAAGGUGUUGUGAAUAAUCUAAUAAAAAGGAUGUGUGCAUCUUUUGGAUGCAGAGGCCGGGGUGAUCUUCCCCCAUUUCGAAAACAAAAAGUAGAGAAGCCCAUAACCCAAUAACUCAUGUACGGUUGGCUGUGGCCGAGUAUUAGUAUUUUGUAUCCAUUCUAAAAAAAAGUAUUUUGUAUCCCUACAAAAAAGAGUAUUAGUAUUUUGUCACAGGUCAGUGUCUAAUCCAUCAGAUCGAUCGAUUGAUAUAUAAACCAAUGUACGUGCGUGUGCUGCACUUCUGCUAGGGCGUUCGCCGCCGCUGCCGCUGCUUUGCCAGUGUGUCCCGCUAGGGGCUAGGGCGUUUGCCAUUGCCGUUGGCCUCUACUCGCCACGACAACAACAACGUUCAUCUAUCUACAGUCCACCGUCGACUCACGGGGACGGUUAGGCACAGGCGGAUCAAAUAUGGGUAGAUGCAGGGUGAGCAGGACAGAUGCACAGAUGCAGGUUCUCUUCAUAGCACAGAGAGGCAACAUCAGGAAUAGAGGAACGACCACACUACUUUGCUGCUUGAACUGAGGUGAGCGAUCGAGUCGUCGUUCUGAUUGCCGGGAGAGGUACUGAUCGAUAUGUCUGCGGGGGAGGGAAGGAAGACGGCGUGCGUCACCGGAGGGAGCGGCUACAUCGCUGCAGCACUGAUCAAGCUGCUGCUCCAGAAAGGCUACGCUGUCAAGACGACAGUCCGAGACCCCGAGGACAUGGAAAAGAACUCCCACCUCAAGGAUCUACAAGCGCUUGGCCCCUUGGAGAUCAUCGGUGCCCAACUGGACAUAGAAGGUAGCUUCGACAAAGCGGUUUCUGGCUGCGACUACGCCUUCCUUGUCGCUGCUCCGAUGAACCUCGAGGCAGCAGAUCUUGAGAAGGAUGUGAUCGAAGCAGCUGUCCAAGGAACUCUCAACGUAAUGAGAUCGUGCGUGAGAGCCGGAACGGUGAAACGGGUUAUCCUGACUUCAUCGGACGCCGCGGUGUCCAGGAGGCCAUUGCACGGUGACGGACACGUGCUGGACGAGGGCUCCUGGUCCGACAUUGAGUACCUCAGAGCAGACAAGCCACCAAUUUGGGCGUACGCGGUCUCCAAGGUGCUUGUGGAGAAGGCUGCGAGUGAAUUCGCGAAUGAGAACGACAUCAGCCUCGUCACUGUGUUGCCCGUGUUCACCUUGGGCGCGGCGCCGGUCUCCAAGGCCAGAACCAGCGUCCCCAUCACCCUAUCCCUGUUGUCCGGUGACGAGACAUAUCUGAACAUGCUGAUAGGCCUGCAGUUGGUCACCGACUCUAUGUCCAUAUGCCAUGUCGACGACCUAUGUCGCGCCAAGGUGUUCGUCGCUGAGAAUGAGUCCUCCUCGGGCAGGUACAUUUGCUGUAGUCACAACACUACAGUCUUGCAGCUAGCCCGUUUCUUGGCCGAGAAGUACCCACAAUACAACGUGCAACCAGAACGCUUUGAUGGGUCCCCGGAGAAGCCGAAAGUAUGUCUGUCGUCUGAGAAGCUCAUCGAGGAAGGGUUCGUGUUCAAGUACAAUGACAUGAAUGAGAUCUUCAAUGACCUUGUCGAGUAUGGCAGGGCCACGGGGAUUCUUCCCUACUGAUACGUACACUAGUUCUUAUCAAUAUGUGAUCAGAACAAAACAAUGAUGUCUCAAAUAAGCAAAAGGUCCCGUGCUUGUAUUUUGAUAAAACUAGAUGAUACCCCACGCGUUGCAGCGGAGAUUUGUUACAAUAUUUUUGAUGAUAUUUAAAUGAAAUAAAAAUAGAUAAAAUAUAUUGUAUCUGACUAUUAUAUUGUCAAUAUAUACACAUAAUAUAAGUAGUAUUUCCAUGCA